GGCAGACGGACGCUGUCGAGAGGCUGUCCCGAGACCUGAGGGAAAAGGAGGAGAGCCGGUUGUCAUGUCAACAACGAUGCGAGUCCAUGCAGAAGCAGCUGUCGGUGUGGCAACAGAAAGAGGAGGAGGUGACCCGGAGACUAGAACGGGCAGAGGGCGAGGUGAAGGACCUGAGAGCAGCCCGAUCCACUUUACUGCAGGAGAGUGAGGAGCUGAGGAGAAGUCAUGCGGGAGAAUUAGAGAGACUGGAGGAGAGCUUCAGAACGAGGCUGAAUGCUGCAGAGGAGCACAAUUCAGAGAUGGAGGAUUUUCUCCGGCAGAAACAGGCUGAGCAAGACAAACAGCUGAAACAGCAAGAGAUGGAGUUAAGAAGAGAAGCUGACAUUGAACUGGAUAUCCAAAGACAACAAAACCAGGAGCUGAUGAACAAAUACCAGAGCGAAAAGCAGCAACUACAAAACAGGAUUCCUGCUCUCGUUCAUUCAGCCACGCAGGAGCUCCGCGAGGAGUUGGCAGUGCUGCAGGAGCGCAUUGAAGAUCACGAGAAAGAGAUGCGGCGUGUCUGUGAGAGCGCCUCCCAGAGGCAGCGCGAGCUCACGGAGGAGCGGAGGACAGGGGAGGCACAGCUGAACCAGGCUCAGAGCAACGUCCAGCGCCUCAAAGAAGAGAGGGCCGCCCUACAGGAAGAGAAGUGCUUUCUCGAGGAGACAGUAAGACGUGAGUGUGAAGAAAGGAAGAACUAACUGCAGCCCUGACCCUGGCCAAAGAACAACUGCUGGAACUCAAACGCUCUAUAAUAAGACCAAAAGAAACCCAGACACACACCCAACUCUCCAGACUUACAGGAACACACACAGACCUCCCCCUUCCCCAAAUUCAAUCCCAGUCCACCCAGCCGUUCUCAGGCACACAAAAACAGCUCUCGGUCCACACUGAGCACCAGCCGUUUUCCAGAGAGGAAUUCUGGCAGUGGGAGUAAAAGUUCGACAUCCUGGCACGGAUCUUCACUGCCAAGUCCCACCCUGCCCAAAAUCAGCAAAGAGAGGGUGACUUGAGCAAAAGCAUCUCCACUACAGUGAAGGGCAGAUGGGACAAAUUUUGAUUCUCACUAGAAAAUCCUAUAGAUUGUGUAUUUUUAGGUCAGAGGUCACCAUGUACCUGAACUGAUAGCAAACAACAAGGAAGUUGGGAAGUAGCUAAUUACAAAAAUAAAGUACAUAAGCGAACUCUUUAAACUAAAAAUCGGGGUACUUUUACCUGAGUUAAAUUAAACAGUAUUCAACUUGCCAAAAGUACAAAAGAAAGAUAAAAGGUGCCAACGGAGAAUCGGGAUG